ACCAGCAACACAGACACGGCUACGGUUAGAGUGCGCAGAGAAAACAGUAUAGGCAAUUCAUGUAGGUAAAAAACAUUGUAACUUUUUAUUUAAAAAACGGUCUUUGUAUAUACCGGUGCCUACAAAUACAGAAAAAAAUAUUCUGCAGCACUGUCGGGUACAAGAAGUUUGAAAACUGAAGCACUUGCUUUUUCACCGACUGUUCAGACAGCACUACAGUGAUCCUGCUGGGGGAGACUGGGCAGGGGCUGCAUCAAGGUACUCGCAGACACAGCUUGACAGUUUUUGGGAUCUGGUUUGGGAUUCCAUUCAGUGGUCCCUGGGACAAUGCCAUCCAAUAAGUCUGUGUCAGACGCCCCAAUCACACAGUUUAUAAACUGCAGGAUCCUGAAGGAGCAGGAAUUGCAGAGUGAGGACCUUUGGGUGCGGGAAGGUACAAUUCUCAACCCAGAGAAGCUGUUUUUUGAUGAGAAAGGGUAUGCAGACACUCAGAUUGAUUGUCAAGGCAGUAUAAUCGCUCCUGGAUUUAUCGAUGUGCAGAUAAAUGGAGGCUAUGGCAUAGACUUCUCCUUAGCAACAGACGAUGUUAAAGGUGGGGUCUCGUUGGUCGCUAAGAAAAUACUGGCUCAUGGUGUCACCUCUUUCUGCCCAACUUUGGUGACCUCUCCACCUCACAUCUACCAUCAGGUGCUACCUGGGAUCAGUGUCCAGAAUGGAGGGGCUGAAGGAGCAGGGGUGCUGGGGGUUCACCUGGAAGGCCCCUUCAUCAGUCGGGAGAAGAAGGGCGCUCACCCAGAGCAGUGCCUGCGCUCCUUCCAGGCUGGGGGCUUUCAGGACCUGCUGGACACCUACGGGAGCCUGGACAAUGUGGCCCUCGUGACGCUGGCCCCUGAGCUGCCCCGCAGUCAUGAGGUGAUCCGAGAGCUGGCACGCAGGGGAAUCACAGUGUCACUCGGGCAUUCUGUGUCUGACCUGUCCCAGGCUGAGGAAGCUGUUCAGCAGGGAGCCGCCUUCAUCACACACCUCUUCAACGCCAUGCUACCUUUCCACCACAGGGACCCCGGGAUUGUGGGGUUGCUGACCAGUGACCAGCUUCCCCCUGGACGCUCCGUGUACUAUGGCAUGAUCGCGGACGGCAUCCACACCAACCCUGCGGCCCUUCGCAUAGCCCACCGCGCCCAUCCCACAGGUCUGGUUCUAGUGACAGAUGCCAUCCCUGCGAUGGGGCUUCCCCCAGGCAGGCACACUCUUGGGCAGCAGGUCAUCGAGAUCCAGGGGCUCAAUGCCUACGUAGCAGGCACCAAGACUCUGUGCGGAAGCAUCGCUACCAUGGAUAUGUGUGUGCGCCACUUCCUGCAGGCUUCUGGCUGUACCGUGGAGAUGGCUCUUGAAGCAGCUUCACUCCACCCGGCUCAGCUGCUGGGAGUCAGUGACAGGAAGGGGACGCUGCACUAUGGCUCAGACGCGGAUUUUGUUUUCCUUGAUGAUUCUCUGAAUGUGAGAGCUACAUACAUCGCUGGGGAGCAGGUGUGGAAGAAAUGACCUUGACUGAAGCUCUCAUUCUGCAGAGUACAUUGGCUCUGCUUGGGAAGGCCUAAGGCAAACACACACACCUAAAGGAACUGUUUUUAGGUGUUGCUUCCUACCUGUAAUAUAUAUCAUGCAAUGCUGUUGAGUAGCACAGAUUUCAGUAAUAGUGACAGUCAAACACUAAACUACUACAGAAAACUAGAGCUCCCUCCCCAAGCACAAUAAGGGUCUACAAGUAGAGACAUGUUUUUAAAGGUUACUUGAAAGGGAUAUACUGUACAAUUAACAUUUUCCCAAUUGUGUUACCUGUUUAAUAGUUUUGUUUGUAUAAUGAUCUAUUAUUCUUUUUCUGCUCCGAUCAGUAUUUACCAGCUAAGUCGCAUCUUUUUUUUUUUUUUUUUUUUAACCACAGGUUAAAAUUUCUGAAGUCAUUUUAGAAGUGACAACCAGGUGUGUGCAAUUACUCCCUCUGCAAUUAUGGCAGCUGUGAGUUAGCUGAUUGAAAAUCUCUGUACAAAAAAGAGAGGGGACAGAAAUUACAGCUUCACAGCCCUAGUUGUCAUUUUUUAAAACCACAUCAUGUCAAAAAUGUAUUUAG